AGUAGCAGUGGGGGGAUAAUAGUAGAAGAUAUAAGUAGGGAGGGAUGGAGUGUGUACUUAUUCAGGGGCUGCUCUUAUAAAAAAUUGUUCCUAUGCCCUUAAUGAAUCAAUGCUGUAGGGGAUUCUGGGAGUUGUAGUUCUACAUAAUAUAUAAAAUAUCAUUUCAGUUUACAGGUGGGACAGUAGGAGGGGAAGGUACCAGGGGAACAUUGACCACUUAGUAGCGGGAGCUUCCAAGUUGGGGCAAGUGGCUAGUAAUAGUCAAAGGAGCCAAGCUGGGCAUUCCCCAGUUGGUGCCAGGAGAGAUGCCCGGCACUGUGCCGGUUAAUGUGGGGGCGGCGGCCCGGCGCUCUGAUUGGAGGCUGUGAGCUGGUAAUCCCCGGGAUCGGAUCGGGUGGAUUAUGUGCGAUCAGAGCGGAGAGAGGAGCCGGCAGGGGAGGAAGGGGCACAGAGUGGGGCGCACAGGGGGGUAUGUGGGGCUUGGCACCGGGGCCUCCAUUCACUCACCGGGCAUAGGGAACCGGCACAGAGAAGGGGAAAAGUUUGGGGCUUGGGCCAUUAUUAGCCCCGACUCAUGGCGUGACCCACCCGCAGGAUGUGGCGGAGUUUGGGGCUGAUCUGGAUCCUGCUCCAGGAGCUGGGGGCACAAAACCAAAUUUCCACCGACACGGUGAAAAUCUGGGCCGACGCAUUUGGCGGGGAGGUGUAUUCCUUGGUCACGAGGUACUCUGGGUCCCUCCUCUUGCAGAAGAAGUACAAGGACGUGGAGCCCACGCUAAGCAUUGAGGAAGUGGAUGGACUUGAGCUGGUCAAGAAGUUUUCGGAGGAGAUGGAGAACAUGCUGCGCCGGAAAGUCGAGGCAGUGGAGAAGCUGGUAGAGGCAGCAGAGGAUGCCGAUUUACAUCAUGAGUUCAACACAUCUCUGGAGUUCGAGUACUAUAAUUCAGUGCGGAUCAACGAGAAGGACGAGAAUGAUAACUACGUGGAGCUUGGGAGCGAAUUUAUUCUUGAGACCAACGAGCAUUUUAACAACCUCAUGGUUAACACCUCCCUUAGCAACAUCCAGCUACCGACCAACGUCUAUAACAAAGACCCCUCUAUUCUCAAUGGCGUCUACAUGUCUGAAGCCCUGAACCCUAUCUUUGUGGAUAAUUUUCAGCGGGACCCCACCCUCACCUGGCAGUAUUUCGGCAGUUCCUCGGGCUUCUUUCGGCUUUAUCCAGGCAUCAAAUGGGUUCCAGAUGAAAACGGCGUAAUUUCAUUUGACUGCCGGAAUCGCGGCUGGUACAUCCAGGCGGCCACCUCACCCAAGGAUAUCGUCAUUGUGGUGGACAUCAGCGGCAGCAUGAAGGGCCUAAGAAUGACCAUCGCCAAGCACACCAUCAGCACCUUACUAGAUACACUGGGGGAAAACGAUUUUGUGAAUAUCAUCGCCUACAAUGACUAUGUCCAUUACAUUGAGCCUUGUUUCAAGGGGAUCCUGGUGCAGGCAGACAGAGAUAACAGAGAGCACUUCAAGCAGUUGGUGGAUGAGUUACAUGCCAAAGGCGUGGGAACUGUCAACAAAGCUCUUAUUGAAGCCUUUAAAAUCUUGAAAGAGUUUCGGGAAGCAGGCCAGGGUGGGCUGUGCAACCAGGCAAUCAUGCUGAUUACGGACGGUGCCGUAGAAGAGUAUGAGCCGGUGUUUGAGAAGUACAACUUCCCUGACAGAAAGGUGCGGCUGUUUACUUACCUCAUUGGGAGAGAGGUGACGUUUUCCAGCAAUGUGAAAUGGAUUGCGUGCAACAACAAAGGGUAUUACACCCAGAUCUCUACACUGGCUGAUGUCCAGGAGAAUGUAAUGGAGUAUCUACAUGUCCUGAGCCGACCCAUGGUCAUCAACCACGACCAUGAUAUCAUCUGGACAGAGGCCUAUAUGGACAGCGCGCUGCCCCAGUCUGAGGAGCUGUUUGCCUCUCAGGCUCAGAGUCUCCUGUUAAUGACCACAGUGGCCAUGCCGGUGUUCAGCAAGAAGAACGAGACUAGAUCAGAGGGAAUCCUUCUGGGAGUAGUAGGAUCUGAUGUGCCCUUGAGAGAGCUUCUGAAGUUGGCACCCAGGUAUAAGCUGGGUGUCCAUGGAUAUGCCUUCUUGAACACAAACAAUGGUUAUAUCCUCUCUCACCCCGACCUACGGCCUCUGUACAAGGAAGGCAAGAAACUCAGGCCCAAGCCCAACUAUAACAGCGUGGAUCUCUCAGAAGUAGAGUGGGAAGAUAAGGAUGAAAUUCUUAGGACUGCCAUGAUUAACGGGGAGACAGGCUCUCUGACCAUGGAUGUAAAGGUCCCAGUGGAUAAAGGGAAGCGAGUGCUGUUCCUGACCAGUGACUAUUUCUAUACACAUAUAGACGACACCCCUUUCAGCCUAGGGGUGGUGCUAUCCAGAGGACACGGGGAGUACAUACUCAUUGGUAACACGUCGGCAGAAGAAGGACUGCAUGACCUUCUCCAUCCAGACCUUACUGUGGCCAAUGAGUGGAUAUACUGUGUCACGGACAUAGACCCCGACCAUCGCAAGCUCAGCCAGUUGCAGGCAGUGAAGAAAUUUCUGACUGGUGAAGAUCCAGAUCUGGAAUGUGACGAGGAGCUGCUGCAGGAGGUUCUGUUUGAUGCGGUGGUCACUGCUCCGCUAGAGGCUUAUUGGACUCAGCUGGCCCUUAAUAUGUCAAGCAAAGAUGAAGGCAUAGAGGUUGCGUUUCUGGGAACACGUGCUGGGCUCAUGAGAAAGAACCAGUUUGUUGGCAAUGAGAAACUCACAAACAAAAAGUUCCUGCAGUACGAGGAUAAGGAGAGUAUAUUCACCAUGGAUCACUUCCCCCUAUGGUACAGAAGAGCCGCAGAGCACCCCGCAGGCAGCUUUGUCUACCACAUUCCUACAGAUGAUAACCCAGACCAUAACCCCAGCGACAACGACAUCUCCGAGCCCCCAGGGCAGCCGCUCGGGUCGGAUGAACAGUCCAAUAAGGAAUUGGGACGCAGGCUGGAAGUGGUGACCGUGAGUACUGCCAUAUCCGUCACGGUGCACAGCAAGACGGCCAUCGCGGCAGCAAUCGGAGUCCAAAUGAAGCUGAGCUUACUCGAGAGCGUCUUCUGGAAGACAAUGCGUCAGCCCAACGACACAGAUUGCCGCAAUGUGGAGGGACUGUGCCCCCUGAGCUGCCAGGACGAGACCUUGCAGUGCUACCUGGUAGACAACAAUGGCUUCAUUGUGAUCGCCAAGGACCAGGACAAGACCGGAGUCUUCCUUGGGGAGGUCGAAGGCUCGCUGAUAUCCCAACUUCUGAACAUGGGUGUUUUCCGACAGGUGAAGCUGUACGACUACCAGGCAAUGUGUAAGCACCCGUACCACUAUCACAGCGGGGCACGGAACCUUCUCAAUCCGCUCGUUGCUUUGAUGUCGGCGGCGCAGUGGUUCAUCGGUAACCUGGUUCUCUUUUUCCUCGAGUUCAGCCUGUGCCCCUUCUGGGCUUCUGACAACACUGUACAAGCAAAGUCGUUCUUCCAUCACUCUCACAAGCACAAGAAACAUGACAUGCUGCAGCCCUGUGACACGGAAUACCCAGCGUUCAUACACGAGGCGUCCAUCCAGGAGGCCAAUGGGCUCAUCAACUGUGGUGAAUGCCAAAAGAUGUUCGUCCUACAGCAGGUUAUGAACAGUAACCUCCUCCUAUUGGUCACUGACGCCACCUGUGACUGCAGCACCUUCCCCCCUGUCUCCCUACGAGCCAAAGAAGUUAAAUAUAACGCUUCAGUGAAGUGUGACAGAAUGCGCUCCCAGAAGCUCCGGCGGCGCCCGCAGUCCUGCCACGCUUUCCACCCCGAGGAAAACGCACAGGAUUGUGGGGGGGUGUCUGGGAUCACCCCGACGCUCACGUUGCUCUUCGCUGCUCUGACUGUCUCUCUGUGGGGCCCGGAUCCAUCCUGAUGCCCCAGGGGCCCCUAAAGACUUAUCUCUGAGCACCAUCGUUUCUCCUGCUGCCCCCUAGGGGUGCUCUAGCUGAACUGCAACGAAGAGACUGAUUAUCUAUGCAAUACCAAGAGUGACCAGCAGAGACAUUAAACCCCCCAUGCCGGGUAUCCCCGGGGGCCCUUGAGUUCCCGUGGGCAUUGGCCCUUCAGACGUUGGUACCAAUGUGACCCAGGGGGUGUGGAUACGGACACAGACUCUUACUAAGAGGAGAUACAGGAUCUGUUCCACAAUAGCCACAUUCUCAUCCGUCCAUCAGUGACCCCUGCCGGAUUGUAUUCGCUGGAGUUGAGAGGGGGGGGCAGGGGGGUUAUUAUAGGUGCCCCCCCCCCGUACAUACUAUAAGGGCUGCUUCUGUGCAACAACAGCACCUUGUUACAGUGCUGCAUCUCGCUACUCACCGGAUCCAUCAUGGUUGCCUCAUCUUCCUUAGGAUCGUCUCAUUUCUAUAUUUAUAAACCACUUUAAUAAAAUUUCAUCCGAAAAUGA